UGCCCUUCGCCAACUUCACAACCAUCUGGAGGCCUGAGAUAUGCAUAUGUUCAAAACCUAUGAUCUCGGCUUCAGAUUUCAGUACUCCUCGUCCCACUGGCUCCCCAAAGACACAGUCUCAGAAACCAGGAAUGGAUCAGGCGCUUUCAUGAUCAUCCAUCCGCAUCCACCGAUAGCAACGGUCCCUCAACAUACAACCUCCCAUUUGGAGGAUUCGGUACCCAUUCCGACCUGAUAGCGCAACUUUCAUCUCGGUCAUCUUCAUAUGCCAAGUGGCAGUGAUACGACUCAGGAUGUCCGUCUGCUCCUCUGAUUCCCGGAAAAUUCUUGCAAUUGCCGCGGUCCUUUGGUAAAACUACAAACGUCAUCGGCUCUUUCCCUCAUUUGAAAGUCAGCUUCCUGUACGCUGUCAAAUUUUCUUCAUCGAACAAAGACUACAAAUGACGCAACUAAUUCUUCCGGCGUCAUUGCUCCUCCGGCGGUUGCAUUAUCGCCAUCGCAAUCGAUUCUAACGUUCAACCUCCCAUUUGGAUGAUUCGGUACCGAUUCCGACCUGAGAACGCAACUCUCAUCUCGGUCAUUUUCAUAUUGCCAAUGAAUAUGACUCAAGAUGUCCGUCUGCUCGUCCCGGGAUAUUUUUGCAAUAGCGGAUAUACAAGCCACCACCCCGCAUGUCUACCGACGUCAUCGGCGCCUUCCUGCACACAGAAAGCCACUGUAAGAAACGACGCAACUAGCCUCAAGCCUUUUCGUCAACGCGCUCAGUUUUUUUUGGACAUCUAUAGGUCAAGUUCCCGCAUCAAAAAAAAGGCUACAAAUGACGCAACUGACCUUUCUCCUCUGGUCCUUCGUCCAUUCAACGACGGACUCUUUGCCACAUUCCUAUAUUUGUCCGCACGUGCAUAUUGCCACUCGACCCGUAACUUAUGUUUGUGAUGAGUCGCUUAUCGCCAACUUCACAUUCUCAUAGGGACACCAUUUGGAGGCCUUGAGACAUACGUAGGUUCAAAAGCACUCCAGCGUCUUUUAAUACGUCAACCUCGGGCAACGUUGCAAUAAUCCCUUACUCAAUUACCUGCACAGGCUACCAUCUCGGCCCCAGGCCAAAGCACUCACGUCGCAUUGUCUCCCAAAAAAUGCAAUCUCGAAAGCCAGGAAUGGACGAGGCGCUUUUAUGAUCAUCCACUGGCCUCUGCGGUACCUCAACGUUUCACCCCAUGCUUGUAGAAUUCGGUACGAUUUUGGCGGCAUGGAGGGAAUAACAAAACAUGUGGAGUGGGAUUGGAAGGAGGAAAAGAUCCAUACGUGUACAAGUAAUGGUAACAAGACUCAAUAGAAAAACAUAUUUGCC